UGUUUAGUACUAAGAAUGACUUAAAUGCGGGGAUGGUGGGGGAAGCUAAGCGUGUGACGUCACUUGUCACAUUAAAAAAAAGACAUUUUGUCACCCUCUAUAUAUACAUAUUCAUUCAUUUCUACUUAGUAGCAGAGUUUGUGAAGACGUGCAACAGGCUGUAUAUUAUUUUUCAUAUUUAUUAUCAUACAGAACUGAUUCCUGAUAGCAAACACGUUUCUUUGUUUACAAUUAUCAAAAUUUUAAAUUUUCUGGUUGUCAAAUAAUUCUCAGUUCAUGUCUACACUGGCAAUUACCCCAAACAUGCGUAACAAUAUGAAAACUUGUCCUAAUUACACGGAGCGCGUAGAUGCUAAUACUAACAAAAUGUCGCAAUUAGCAGUUUCGGGUGACACAUCUCAAAUAACAGUUAAUGAAGAUAAUCAUUCACCGUUGGGCAGAAGGAAAGUAUCAACUGGUUCGGCUUUUUCUCAGAGACAUAGGUCGCGCCCAGCGAAUCUCUAUAUUUCUUCUACGCCGAAACAUCAAAUGAUGAACGACGGUUUUAACGCGACAUUUGAUCCCUAUCAAUUGUUUGAGGUCGAGCAAAAAGCAUGUCUGUUGUUAUAUGUCAAUGUGCUGUGUGCCAGAAAUGUCUCCAAAGGAUGGGCAUAUGACCUCAUUGACACACCUGAUCCAUAUGUUGUUUUAACGAUAAAAACUGCUCCAGCAGGACGGAAAUGCACCAGUACUAUAGACAAUAACGCAAACCCAGUUUGGAAUGAAUCCUUUCUUUUUCUACAUGAUCCACAUGUCAGCUUCAAUCUCGGGAUCACUUUGAUGGAAGCAAACUAUACAGUAGACCAGGAAAUUGAUACCAUUACAAUUAAAAGCAGCAGUUUACCAAAAAAUAAGUUUGAGAAGAGAACAGUCUAUUUCAAUGAGGUUAUUGAACUUGAUAUUGAACUGAAAACUGAACUGAACCAGAAACCAGAUUUGAGAUAUGGUCUCUGCCUUUCUGAUGAUGAGAAAGAUUAUUUAACUAACCGAAAGUGCCGAGUGUAUGAAGCUUUGAAUAAUUUAUUAGAGGAUGAUGCCCCACAAAAUCUUGAAGAGGUACCAAAUAUUGCUGUAAUUGGAUCUGGAGGUGGUUUCCGAGCUAUGGUUGGAUUCAGUGGAGUUCUCAAUGCAUUGCAGAAAAGUAAAAUAUUAGACAGUGUUACAUAUCUAGGAGGUCUCUCAGGCUCCUCUUGGUAUAUUUCAUCAUUAUAUUCCCAUAAGAAAUGGCCAGAAUCUCCGAUAGAAAAUCUCCAUGAAGAACUGAGAAAAAACAUAGAACCUAGCCUUUUGUGGUUACUUAAGCCAAAUAGUAUGUACCGAUAUAUCGAUCGAAUAAUGUUGAAGAAACGGACUGGUCAACCUGUUAGUUUUACAGACUUUUUUGGUCUUUUGGUUGGAGAAACAUUACUGAAAGGGAGACAAAAGAGUAAAUUAAGUGACCAACAAAUGAAAGUAAGAGGUGGAAAUAUACCUUUGCCUAUUUAUACCUGUGUUCAUGUCAAGAAUGAUGUGUCAGCUAAAUCAUUCCAAGAAUGGAUUGAGUUUACACCAUAUGAAAUUGGCAUCCCAAAAUAUGGAACGUACAUGAAGGUUGAACAUUUUGGUUCUAAGUUUUUUAUGGGUAAAAUGUGUCGUGAACACCCAGAACCACCAUUGCACUAUCUUCAAGGUAUUUGGGGAAGUGCCUUUUGCAUCUUGUUCAAAAGAUUACUGGAAGACAAAUCAAGAAAGGAUCCAGUUGGAAUGAUCCGGCAUGAUAUACAAAUGGAAUUAGACAAGCAGCAACUGGAUACUAACUCUGAUUCAUCAGAUGAUGAGGAAGAGAUUAAACAAGAGGAGACACUAAAGAGAAGAAGUGUAGUGAUGCAACAUCAUUUGAGUUCCAGAAAAUCAAAUGAAGGCAUCCCAAAAAAUUCUGUUGAAACUGGAAUCAACGCCCUUAAUAACAUAGAUCCUAAUGACAUUUCAGUCAGAAGAGGAUCAAAUGAAGGAGAUGCUUCAAGUAAAGAUGGAUCUGAUAGCGAGAAAAAAGCUUCAGGUUCUGAGGGAUUCUGGACCCAAAUGUUAAGGGGAUUACUUGAGAAUAAGAAUUGGGAAGUGUUGAGUACACGAGCUGGAAGAGCUGGUGUUGUGCAUAAUCCAAUGCGGGGUUUAUUCCUCAACAAAAGUUAUCCAUUGUCACCAUUCACACCUUCUAUCGUUGAUGAUAAAAUGGCUGAAACCAAGAUCGAUUUUCCAAAGUCAUGCCAAGAAUCUCAGUCGUUGCGUAGCCUUACUGAUGAAUUUGAUGGCAAUUUUGAGAUGGCAAAUACAAAAGAGAAACGCUUAUACAUGGUAGAUGCUGGUCUCACUUUCAACUCUCCUUUUCCUUUGAUACUACGACCCCAGCGAGGUGUAAAACUCAUAUUAUCUUUUGACUUCAGUGCACGAGACUCUGAUGUUGCAGAACCAUUCAAAGAACUUUUGUUGGCAGAAAAGUGGGCUCGAAUAAACAACUUGCCUUUCCCUCCUAUUGAUACUUCAGUCUUUGAAAAAGAAGGAAUGAAAGAAUUAUAUAUCUUCCGUCAUCCAGAUGACCCAUACUGCCCAGUAAUCAUGCAUUUUGUGUUGUGUAACUUAAAAUUCAGAGAUUUUAAGGAACCAGGUGUUCCAAGAGAAACAAAAGAGGAAAAAGAAUUUGCAGACUUCAACAUUUAUGAUGAUCCAGACACACCAUAUUCAACAUUUAACUUCAGUUAUAGUAAUCUGGCUUUUGAUCGACUGACAAAACUUACAGAAUUCAACACAUUGUUACACAUAGAUGACAUUAAGGAAUGUAUUGCUCAGCAAGUUGAACUGAACAGAUUCUUGCCAAAGAAAGUGCCAAUUCAGUUCAAGAAUGUCAAACGUCUUCCCAUCAAAUCUGUUGACAAUCAAAACAAACUGAAACAAUAUAUUCAACAAAUGAAGCGCUCCAACACUGCCCGUACCGUUGAGCUGGAAAAAAAAUACAGCAAACAAUCAGUAAAUGGAACCAAUCAAACACAGACGAUACAGCAUUUAACGAGAGGGCAACGUUCAAUGAAAUUGUCAAUUAAUUUACCAAUGAGAGAAAUUAAUAGAGCAUCAUGUAAAUCUGUAUAUUUUGACUCAAGAGAAAGUCUUAGUGACACCAGUGAUAGUUCUGAUGAAGAAUACUCAUCUCCUUUAUAAUCAAAUCAGGAUGAAUAUGAAUUGGUUAAACAGUGCAGCACAACAUUCCUCACAGACGUUUUUAACAAAACAUUAUAUCAUUGUAACAUAUCAUUCUACAUAAGAUUUUGUUAGAGCAUUUUAUAUUAUUAUUAUAUCCUUGAAUUUUGAUAAAGCAUUGUCAUUACAUUAUAUGCAUACCAUAUAUAUAUAUAUAUAUAUAUAUAUCAUUGCAUUCUCUCGUAGCAUUGCAAUAGCAGUCUGUCAUUUCUUUCUCAAGGAACAGACUAUUUUUUUUAUCACAUUCAGGGUAUGUGUCCAUGCCUUACCAAAUAGUGUCACCAUAAAACAGUGGUCAUCUUACUUACGAGCUUACAUACAAUUGCCAAUCUAGGCACAGUAUUUUUGCUAUUUAUGGUAUGUGGCUGUAGUCACUAUAAAGUAAAAGGAUAAUGUCCAUGAAGCAGUUUUAUGCUCAACAACAUAUAAAAGUCCAGCAACAAAUUAAAAAUU